AUGAAGAACGGAGAAGUCAAUUUGGGUACGUCCAUUAUGGCCGUUGCCUUUGCUGAUGGCGUCGUUAUUGGUGCUGAUUCGCGUACAACCACUGGUGCUUACAUUGCCAAUCGAGUAACGGAUAAAUUGACCAAAGUCCACGAUCGAAUUUACUGCUGCCGAUCUGGAUCUGCCGCCGAUACCCAAGCAGUAGCCGACAUUGUGCACUAUUACUUGCAAUUAUACAGCGUUCAAGAAAACCAAAUGCCUUCUGUGCGUACGGCUUCGGCCUUGUUCCAGGAGCUUUGUUAUCAGAACAAGGAUAUGUUGACAGCGGGCAUUAUUGUCGCUGGCUGGGAUGAAAAGAACGGCCCUGCAGUAUACAACGUGCCUUUGGGUGGUUCUUUGCAUAAGCAGCCUUUCGCCAUUGGAGGCUCCGGAUCGACAUACAUUUACGGUUACUGCGAUUCAAAGUUCAAAGAAAACAUGGCUCAGGAUGAAUGUGUCGAAUUCGUAAAGAACUCAUUAUCGUUGGCAAUGUCGCGAGAUGGUUCAUCAGGCGGUGUGAUUCGUUUGGCUGUGAUUACAAAGGAUGGUGUGGAACGAAUGUUUGUUCCCGGCAAUGAAUUACCAGUCCAUUGGGAAGGAUAA